GGAAAAGGAAAUCCGACGGCUUUUCGACGGGGAUGGCCGGGAGAGAGGGGACGCGUGGAGGGCGGGGAUUGGCGGCGAGUGGCCAUCUGGCUGUUCACAGGUGGCAUGUGCGGAAUCGUGGAAAGCAGGAGGGCUUCUGUUCCUGGCUCUGGGUGAUCUGUUGCUUCUGCUCGGAACCCCCUCUUGUGCCCCCGCCCCUCGCUCAUUCUCGUCGUGUCGAUCUCUCGCUCUCACUGUCGCCCGUCCCGAGCUCGAGCCGAAUCGCAGCGCGGGCUAUAUUGUGCUGGCCGUGCGCAAGUUCGUCAAGUCGUCGAGCUCGUCGAGGAGAGAGGGGCAGGCGCAGCGGGAGAUAGAGAUCGAGAGUGAGAAGAGAGAUUCACAGGAGAGGAGAAGGAGAGAUCGAUUGGUUGAUUGAUUGAUUGAUCGAUUGAUUGAUUUGAGAGCGAGAAGGGAAAGGAAGGAACGAGAAGGAAAGAUGUCGACCGAUGUGGGAUUCUCCGGUGAUGAGACCGCGCCCUUCUUCGGCUUCAUCGGAGCUGCGGCAGCGCUCGUGUUCUCGUGCAUGGGAGCGGCCUAUGGAACCGCCAAGAGUGGAGUGGGAGUGGCCAGCAUGGGAGUCAUGAGACCCGAGCUGGUGAUGAAAUCCAUCGUGCCAGUGGUCAUGGCGGGAGUGUUGGGUAUUUACGGGCUGAUUAUCGCUGUUAUUAUCUCCACCGGGAUCAACCCUAAGGCCAAACCCUACUACCUGUUCGAUGGGUAUGCACAUCUGUCCUCGGGAUUGGCUUGUGGACUGGCAGGACUCUCAGCUGGUAUGGCGAUCGGUAUCGUCGGAGAUGCCGGAGUCAGGGCCAACGCCCAACAGCCCAAGCUCUUCGUGGGAAUGAUCCUUAUCCUCAUUUUCGCCGAGGCGCUGGCUUUGUACGGUCUUAUUGUGGGUAUCAUCCUGUCUUCCCGCGCCGGACAAUCACGAGGAGAAUAGAAGACUGCACUCCGAUCUGUAGAUGAAGCCACAUUGGGCUGGCUUGCGUGCAGAGCAUGAUGGCUAUGCUUUGCCUUGUGUUGAUUGAGGACUAGUGGGCAGAUCAAGUGGGCAAAAGUUCGGUCCAUCACUGCAGGUGUGGCCUCCAGCCCUUUUACAAGCUUCCUUGGGACCGAGCGGGACGCACGGACAUAGAGUUGGAACUUUUUGUGAAAAUUGUAAUAACAGUGGUUGCUCAUGUAUGUUUUCCUGGUGGUUACAUCUUUCUGGAGGUGAAGAUCUAUUGAUUCAUAAGUCACGUGUGACGUAACUGCAUCGGUCGAGGACUGGAUCACUCCCAUGAGCCAAUCGGAGCAGAUUAUUGUCUUGGUAAUUUGUCAAUUGUUUAGAUCUGAACAUUAAUGGAGAAUAUUGACCUUGGAGCUUACACUUUGCACCGCAGAUGCAAGCGUCCCUGCAAUUUUUGUUUCUGUGUGCCUUUAUUAGUUCAUAUUUAUUUAGCCAAUCUGUUAGAGGUUGCAUAGGAGUAUUAAUAGAGAAAAUCUCGUGCCAAAGGUUGUCCAUGUACGGAAGUUGAAGACCUGCCUUAGACUUUCUACGUCAGUCCGCUUGUAACAGCACAUCUGUUGUAAAUCUUUCAUUCAAAUGCCUACAUCCUCAGUACCCGCCUUUUUCCGAUGUAUAUCUGUCGUAGAUGUUGCAAUGAAUUGGCCACCGUUAUACCUUGAAUGUGGCCAAUUCAGGUCAUCAACUUAGAUGCAUCUUGCAUGUAAGAUCAAUGAACAUGCAUUAUGGUCGCUUUAUUGCAUUACAAUGCACUGCAGUGGUGUGAUUUAUGUACAAUUAACGUAUUUCGUCUCUUGUGUCUUGUUCUGCAAUGUCAUAUAUUCACUUUGCAGAUGAUAUAUGCUGUCCAGGGUCUUUCAGUUUGUAUUAGUGAAGGAGUUUGUAGGGCAUUGUGAACUGUUGGCCUCAAAACAUGUAUGAUUGUGUUGUGAGGCCAAUACGUCUGCUUGUUGGCAACGUGAAAACUAAUCUUAUAAUGAUAUCAAGUUGUCAUCUAGUAUAAGAGCUCUCUGUUCCGAACACCGAUUCUCAAUCAGUAUAGCAAUCUACGCAGUCUUUUAAUUCGGGAAGGAUGAGUAGUGAGGUUUUGAAGACAGAGCGGGCAAUAGGAUUGGAUAGAUGUCAUUCACUUUAAAUGAGGAAGACCAAGGAGCAGAUCUUCAAGAGGAAGUUCGUACUAGUCAAUGAACUGAUGUGUAUGUAACCUAUACACGUUAUCUUGGAGUGUGACGUGUAUUUAAGAAAGCGCCAGGAUGUAGAUGUUGCUGAGAUGUCGAAUAUGCUCUCUGUCGAAUAAGCGUGUCACUGCUAUGCAUGGCACGCCAGUACAUGAAAGUACAGUCCUGUUGGGUCUACAUCCGGCCGACGGUAGUCUGGCUUUUGCCGCCAAUUACAGUGCUUUUAGGAUUGGAGCUGGCGUGUCUCGCGAAUCAUAGAAAGCAAGUCAGCCUGCCUUUAUCACUCCAGACGGAAGGCAGUCUAGUUUAUAAUAAUUUUGGCCACACAUGACCCGGUCAGACAUGAGUCCGAGGGAAGGUUUAUGUUAAAGCCAUGUUCGCAUUUAGUUUUGGGCUUUUACAUCCCGGGGUUGUUCUGUUAAUGAUAACAUGGUUUGCAUAUGACACCGCGCCUCCUUUAAUCAAGUGCUCAUCACAUGAGACAAAAAAGGAGUAAGUUGCUGAUGGCCAGGGUCCAAUGGGUCCAUUCCCAUUAACGAACACUACUGUUAAUUCAGUAAGGGCUUUGUUGCUAGGUGAAGUCCACUUUGCUUCUAUAUCGAAAUUAUAUAUAUACAAAGGAUAAUGACCAGAUCUUCACUGGGUUUAAUGAAAAUCUUUUCUACCUUUAAUGUAAUGCUUUAUUUACG